CGCGGAACAGUAUGGCAGCCGUCGCGCUGAGGUCCUGCCGCAGAGGACUUUCCCAGAUUUUAAGUAAUGGAGGACUCGCUGCUUUGUCUCCCAAGCGUCUGGAAGGAGACAGAAGACACAAGUCCACAGUUCAGUAUGCUUCACGACCAGACCUUCCUAAACUGGCCUACAGAAAAGUGAAGGGCAAGUCCCCAGGUGUGGUCUUCCUCCCAGGGUAUGGCUCCAACAUGAAUGGGCAGAAGGCUGAGGCACUGGAGGAGUUCUGUCGGUCACUAGGGCACUCAUGCCUCAGGUUUGACUACACAGGCCAUGGGGCCUCAGAGGGGGUGAUGGCAGAAGGAACUAUUGGUACCUGGAAAAAAGACGUUCUUUUUGUGUUGGAUGAAUUAGCAGACGGGCCACAGAUACUUGUAGGUUCGAGUAUAGGAGGGUGGCUCAUGCUACUGGCAGCCAUUGCACGACCAGAGAAGACUGCUGCACUGGUGGGCAUCUCCACUGCUGCUGACCACAUUGUCACAUCAUUCAACUCUCUUCCUCUGGAGACACGUAAGGAGUUUGAGGAGAAGGGGGAGUGGACAGUGUCCACCAAACACUCAGAGGAGGGUUUGUACAAGUUUAGCAUGGACUUUCUGCGUGAGGCAGGAAAUCACUGUGUCCUCCAUAGUCCCCUUCCCAUCACCUGUCCGGUUCGGCUCAUUCAUGGUCUGAAGGAUGACGACGUCCCCUGGCACAUCUCCAUGCAGGUCGCAGAACGCGUCCUCAGUUCCGACGUGGAUGUCAUCCUUCGGCGACUUGGCCAGCACCGCAUGUCUGAAAAGGACGACAUCAAGCUCAUGGUCUACACUAUUGACGAUCUCAUAGACAAGCUGACCACUAUGGUCUGAGUAAGGGAUGGGGGGAGUGAGCUUGGGAGGUUGCUGAGUUGAGGAGAGAAAGGACUGUGUUUACUGGGAAGGCAACCCUCGAGGAAAUUACCAAACAAUGGCAUGUUUCUCUGCCAAAUAUGACCUUUUAUCCAUCUGUUAUUUUCCCUGUAUUUCAUCUGUCAUUUCCACAUGCCGUUACUGUGCAAACUAUUAAUGAAGGGAGCCCUCAUGCUAGCUGGUCCCUUAUAUCUUCAGGUUGCAUCUGUAUGUGUUCCAAGUUAUUAUAUCGAGUGUUAUGUUGUCAGCCUUUAUUAGGUCUGCCACUGCUGCUGUCUCUGCCGCUGUUCUUACUGUUUGACUGUUUUUCCUCCCUCUUUAAGUAGACGCAUAGUUUUCCUGUGCCUUUUUUAAUCACUUUUCACCCAUUUUGGCCAAUAAAACCUCUGCACACUA